AUGGCCAAAAGGUUUGACCUAGAUGGCAAGGAGAUCGCACCCAUUAGAAUGUGUAUCAUUGGAGCAGCUGGUUUCAUCGGAUCGCACCUAUGCGAGGCUUUGAUGUGGGAGACCAAUCAUAUAGUGGUGGCAGUCGAUAUGUACAAUGACAAGAUCGAGCACCUGCUGGGUGAUUCUCAUCCAUGGAGCGGCCGUAUGGAGUUUCACCAGUUUAACAUCAGCAAUGAUCCACGUCUUGAAGGCAUUAUCAAGUCAUGUGACUUGACGGUUAAUUUGGCUGCCAUCUGUACUCCAGCGGAUUACAACACAAGGCCGCUGGAUACUAUCUACAGCAACUUCGUCGAUGCUCUCCCCGUGGCCAAGUUCUGCUCAGAUUUCAAAAGAAGACUGAUUCAUUUCUCCACCUGUGAGGUCUAUGGCAAGACCGUUGGAGCCUUUUUGCCUCCUGAUAGCAAUAUGCGCAACGAUCCCCAGUAUUAUGUGCUGAAAGAAGACGAAACGCCUUGCAUUUUCGGGCCUGUGCAAAAGCAACGGUGGUCAUACGCUUGUGCAAAGCAGCUCAUUGAAAGGGUCAUCUAUGCUGAGGGGGCUGAAAAUGAUCUCAAAUUCACCAUCGUCCGCCCGUUCAACUGGAUUGGUCCGCGUAUGGAUUUUAUCCCUGGAAUUGAUGGCCCCAAGGAUGGCGUGCCUCGCGUUCUUGCUUGCUUCAGCAAUCAACUUCUGCGCGGAGAACCAUUGAAGUUGGUUGACGGUGGCAAGUCACAACGGACCUUUGUGUACAUCAAGGAUGCAAUCCGCGCCGUGAUGCUUAUGAUUGAGAACCCAGAGCGAGCAAACGGGCACAUAUUUAAUGUCGGUAACCCCAAGAACGAGGCUAAUGUUCGUGAACUGGCCACGAUUAUGACACGGAUCUAUUGCAAAGUGAGCAAGCAAGCAGAGCCUGCAACACCCACAGUCGAUGUUACAUCAAGUGACUUCUAUGGAAAGGGUUAUGACGAUAGUGACCGCCGAAUUCCAGACAUGACGCUUAUUCAGCAGCAGCUGGGUUGGGAGCCAGAGACUUCCUUGGAAGAGUUGUUGGAUGCCAACAUGGCCAACAGAAAAGCGUCACUAGGGGGGCAUCUACAGCCGAUGCUGAAGGACUUCCAUCACAUGCGCAUGCGCGUGCUCAUUCCCACGUAUCCUUGCCCGUAUGAGGAGAGGGUGGGGGCGUGGGGCGUGGGAGGGAAGUGGGUGUGUUUGAUUCCAACAGCCGUUCAACCCAAGCCCGUUGUCUACAGUGUGGGCAGUGACGAGGAGUACUCUUUUGAAGAGUCCAUGUUCCGCCAUUACCGCUCCCAACCGUACACGCUCGACCCCUUCCUCUCCUCACAAGCCCAGGCGCGCAUGCAGCUGCUGCGUUUCCUUCACUUCCACUCGCUGGGGCUGGCUGGAAAGGCCUCCUUAGGGGAUUAUCAGAAGUGGAACCACAAUGUCACGUUCCGCACGCUGCCUGAACUGAUGCAGGUAGCUGAGAGGGAGGGAUGUGAGGAGGAGGGCGAUGUUUGA